ACCUCUCAGAUGGGAUCUCACUGAUGUCUGACAGAGUUCAGAGAAGAAGAGUGAUUCUACAUGUUAAUAGGGACAGACGGACAUAUUGAUCUUCUUGAAAACAGGUUAAGUUCACUUUUUGUCCUUUGUAGACACUUGUUCUGGGGAUCAGAAAUGACUUUGUACACUUUAGACACAGGCAGUGGACCAUGGAGAAGAUACAGUCAGAUCCGUGACUGACCUCUUGUUGAAUUGUGGACUUCAACUUUAACUGAGUGUUGUUCAGCUUUUAUUCUUCACUUUGGACUUGUUGAUAUAAAAGGAGAAAAGUUCUAGGUCAGUAAUAUAAAUGUGAGGGUGUUGUGAUGUUAAAUUUCUGCCCUGUCGUCUCCACAUCAGCACUGCUGGACCCAUGGGAGACCUGAGUCAGAAGAUUGGGGUCAUGUCACAGACAAUAUGUCCGAGUUCACAAGCUCCAUCUGAGGAGGACUUAAAGGCCCCAAAUGGUGGCAAAGUGGAGAAAAUGCAGAUGAAGAGGGAGAUUUCCCUCAUCAAUGGGAUCUGCCUCAUCGUGGGCAACAUGAUUGGCUCCGGGAUUUUUGUUUCACCGAAAGGCGUCCUCAUGCACAGCGGCUCUUUCGGCCUGUCGCUGCUCAUCUGGGCUCUUGGAGGCAUCUUCUCAGUGUUUGGAGCUCUGUGCUACGCAGAGCUGGGAACCACCAUCACCAAGUCUGGAGCCAGCUACGCCUACAUCCUGGAGUCGUUCGGAGGCUUCCUGGCUUUCAUCCGCCUGUGGACGUCCAUCCUGCUGAUAGAGCCAGCCAGCCAGGCGGCGAUUUCCAUCACCUUUGCCAACUAUCUACUGGAGGCUUUCUACCCCACCUGCCAGCCGCCGUACGACGCGAUCCGCCUCUUAGCUGCAGCCUGCCUCUGUAUACUCAUCUUCAUUAACUGUGCCUAUGUGAAGUGGGGCACUCUGGUCCAGGACAUCUUCACUUACACCAAACUCAUGGCGCUCUUCCUCAUAAUCAUUGUGGGAAUCCUGAAAAUGUCUAUUGGACAAACAAAGAACUUUGAGAGUCCAUUCGAAGGCUCCUCCACAGACCCUGGAGCUGUAGCUUUGGCCCUUUACUCGGCCCUGUUCUCCUACUCUGGCUGGGAUACUCUCAACUUUGUCACGGAGGAGAUCCAGAAUCCAGAGAGAAAUCUACCCCUGGCCAUCGCCGUCUCCAUGCCCAUGGUGGCCAUCAUCUACCUGCUGACCAACGUGGCGUAUUAUGUGGUUUUAGACAUGCCUUCUCUGCUGUCCAGCGACGCUGUUGCUGUGACAUUUGGAAAUGCAGUCUUGGGUCCCUUCAACUGGAUCAUCCCUGUUUCAGUGGCCAUGUCCUGCUAUGGGGGACUCAAUGCUUCUGUCAUCGCUGCAUCACGGCUGUUUUUUGUUGGAGCCAGAGAAGGUCACCUCCCCAACAGUCUGAGUCUGAUCCACCUGGAGCGCUACACGCCCGUACCUGCACUGCUUUUCAACGGAUUAAUGGGCCUGAUCUUCCUGUGUGUGGAGGACGUGUUUCAGCUCAUCAACUAUUUCAGCUUCAGUUACUGGCUCUAUGUUGGUCUGUCUGUGGCCGGACUCAUCUACCUGCGCAUCACCCAGCCGGACAGACACAGACCUGUCAAGCUGACCUUGUUCUUCCCCUUCAUCUACUGCCUGUGCAGCCUGUUCCUGGUGAUCGUCCCUCUUUACGGAGACACCAUUAAUUCUCUAAUAGGAAUCGGCAUCGCGCUGUCUGGGAUCCCAGUUUAUUAUGUCGCCAUCUAUCUGCCUGAGGAGAGGAGGCCCAAAUUCAUACGCAAACUAAACUCUGCUGCCACCAGAUACACCCAGAUGUUGCUCUACUGCUGCCUGACGGAGUUUGACGUCGAGGAGGAAACAGAAGCAGGAAGUAAAACUCAGUGAGCUGCAGACGGACUGAGUCUGAGCUGAGGCCUCGGUCCUGGAGAACAUGGCCUUCGGCAAAUCUCACAACAUUUGUGAGGAUCACUUGUGCCAUGUCAAGUUCAAAAAAGGCCGACGUGUCAAAUGACUCACCAGGAAGGAGCAGAUGAACUGUGGCUCUCUCCAGUGUACACUUUUCUACAGACGAUUAUCUUCUAUGAGGAUUUGAAUGGAACUAUUUACAAAACCUGUAGCUGCAGGUCACAAUUUAUUUAUGAGUGGCCAUAUUGUUUUGUUUUUUAAUUAAAUCUUAUGACAACCUUAAGUUUGAGGAAGCAUGUUGAAUGUAAUUAUUUAUCCAGGGACAUUUUUACAUGUUCAUAUGUGAACAGUUGUCCAAAUGAAAAUGGUCAAUGUUAAGCUGAUGCUGUUAAAGUUAUUGUUGUUUCACUGAGUUUGCAUAUUAUCUAAACCUUUGCAUUCACACUGAGUGUAUUUACUUUGACCACUUUAAAUUAAUCAACCUUUAAACCCUCAGGUGUUACGUUGCACUUAUCUGACUGAUCUGAGCAGUUUGUCUGCAGGCUCUGAGCCGUGCAGAUGUUUUUUUUGUAUGUCAGAGCAGGUUCUUGGAAGUCAAACACUCCCUGUAUCCUGGUAUGAAAAUCCUCAUUUGCCUUUAGCAAGCAGCUGUCAGACCAGUUCAACUCAAACUAACCUCAACUGCUCCAUCUACAGGAGAACUACAUGAGUACAGAAGCAAACUAUUGGUGCAUUUGUAACCCGCAGUCGGAGAGAGUUGGACUGAGACUUCCCAGUGCUUCACUUUUUAUGUCACAUACAUACAGUUUUGACCUUUAGCAUUUAUUUUCCGAAAACUAUAGAUUGACAGCAUUUAAAUUAUGAGAUUGUUUCAUUGCAUUGAAAGCAACUCUGAGUCUGAGCACUUUACCAGCUUAAUACUUUUCAAAAAUGAAAUCCAUCCAUCCAUUAUCUAUUCACAGCUGAAUCCUCACUAGAGUCAUGAGGGGCUGGAGUCUAUCUCAGCUGACUUUGUCUAUCACAGGGCUACAUAUAGAGAAACAAUCACACUCACAUUCACACCUGCACACACUUUAGAAUUAUCAAUUAACUGCAGGUGGGAGGAAGCGUAGAACCCAGAGAAAACCCCCACAUGCACAUGGAGAACAAGCAAACACCUUGCAGAAAGAUCCCAGGGUCAGGGUGAGAAUUUGGGAUCUUCUAGCUGAAAGGCGACGGUGCUAACCACCAAGCAGCCCUCAAAAUGAAAUGUGCCUUUGUUUUUUUUGGUUUUCUUUUUACACAUGUCAGGUUCAGUCAAACACACUGGAUUUACACUUGUAACUUCUGGCCUUCUUGACCAAUGUGUGCUUUGUUUCUCCUUUUAAAAAGUUAUAUUUUCAUAUGAAACCCUCUUUAGCUGGCAUGAAAUUGAACUUUCUCUGUUGUAAACACACUUUGUUUCGUUACCGUUUUGUAUUUGAUUAAACUGCAAAGAUUUUUUUUGC